GAGCAACUUCAGUUCCUUCCCUGUCCUGACAGCUGGAGAAAGCCAUAAUCACCCAGGACUGUACGAGUGGUUCUGCACUUUUAAACAUUUUCAAAGGAACCUGGGCUGCUUUGGGAGGUUUGUUUUUGAGGAGCUGAAAGGGGAUAGUCCCUCGGAAAGGUAAAGCAAACCUCACCGCCUGAAAUCCAACACCAAAUCCUCAGCAGCACAGAAGUUCAUACCCUGGUCCAUAAAGAUCAGCACUAUGACUGAUGGGGACUAUGACUAUCUGAUCAAACUCCUGGCCCUUGGAGACUCUGGGGUUGGGAAGACAACAUUUCUGUAUAGAUACACAGACAACAAGUUUAACCCCAAAUUCAUCACAACAGUAGGAAUCGACUUUCGGGAAAAGCGUGUGGUAUACAACAGCAGAGGACCCAAUGGAUCUUCAGGAAAAGCCUUCAAAGUACAUCUCCAGCUUUGGGACACAGCUGGACAGGAAAGAUUUCGAAGUCUCACCACAGCAUUUUUCAGAGAUGCCAUGGGCUUUUUAUUAAUGUUUGAUCUCACCAGUCAACAGAGCUUCUUAAAUGUCAGAAACUGGAUGAGUCAACUGCAAGCCAAUGCCUAUUGUGAGAAUCCUGAUAUAGUAUUAAUUGGUAAUAAAGCUGACUUAUCAGAUCAGAGGGAAGUAAAUGAAAGACAAGCAAAAGAUCUUGCAGACAAAUACGGCAUACCCUACUUUGAAACAAGUGCAGCUACUGGACAAAAUGUGGAGAAGUCCGUGGACACACUGCUGGACUUGAUAAUGAAACGUAUGGAACAAUGUGUUGACAAGACACAAGUAUCUGACACAGCAAAUGGAGGAAGCUCGGGGAAGCUAGAAUCUGCAAAACCAGAGGACCGAAAGUGUGCCUGCUAGACUUCACCUCUAAACUGUGAGAACCAAUGAGAAUAUUUGACCAGAAAAUGGCCAACCUACCAAUAUAUUCAAGCCUGGAUGCUCUGAGCCAUGCACAGAAACAAAGUUGUCUUGUUCGGUUGGCCUUUUGUUUUCCUCCCAAGAACUGAUUUGAAAACUAAAGUGUCUCUCUCCCUUUCUGUGAAGCUUCUGUGCUGGAAUAAGUCAUUCCUAAUAUGGUGCCAUCCUCAUAAAACCAUUCCCCACAAAAUCCUCUUUGUUUCACAUAGGCUAAUGAAUGUAAAAAGAGGUUUACUUUCUUUAGAAGGGUGAAGGACACUAUUUUUUCCAUAAAUUGCAUAUAGAGGUUAAAAGAGAAGUUGAUGUUCUUAAAGGUCUGAGUGGUUCUUCUUUGAUUUCUGUUUCUGUAAACCAACUUGUUUUAAAUCAGGGACCAUGCAUAUGCUAAAAUGGAGGCACAAGUACAGAGAAUCACACGUGGCUUAUUAAGAACAAUCGUGUUACUUAUACAGAGUAAGCAGUGCUGCGAAGCUUCCUUGGCUGAGUAUGAGGAGUCGGGGCUUUAUUUUAAUCAAGGAAUUUUGCAACAUUAUUUGUGUUGCUAGGAAUUCAAGCAAGGAUUGAGUUAGGAGUCGGGGAGACGGUGCUUUAAAUAAUUCUAGAGCUACAGGGAAAGUAGCAAAACUUAUUUAUGGAUGAGGAUAGAGAGAACAGAUUUUGUGGAGUGUCUUGCAAAUCUCACCAUAAGCAAAAACACUUCUCUAGUAAGAAAAAUAUCAUGUUUGCCAGAUAACAGGCUGUGCGUUCCAGCUGGGGUGUAAAGAAGGGAGCUCAUGAAUGUUUUCACAUAUCUUCAAGUUGAAAUUUCUGUGGCGCUCGCACACAUUUCUAAAUGUGUUCACUAACCGUUUGAGGUUUUGCGUCCUGCCACCAUUUUGUGCCAUUGGUGCACUUGGUUUCCCAUAGAGCACAACUUCCUCGUCCACAAACCAGAGUAGAAAGUGGCCCACUCCUAAAACAUUGCAAACUGAGGAUUUGCACUGUCAAACUACCAAAAAAUCAUGUUAUGCCCAAUAUAAAUGUGUUGCAGGUAUCUUUCCAGAGAUGCCAUAGAAGCAAAUAAGAGAGGCACACUAAAAAGAAUGAACAUUUUAUAUUGUAUAUCGAUGUACUAGUGUAUGGAAGUGAGGAAGCUCUGAUAUAACAGUACAUGUCUCAUCAAAGCUGUCGUCCAUUUAGGAGCAAAGCGUUUAAGAAAAUAUUUACAAUAUCCAUGCUGUUGUAGGUUGCUAUAAAAUUGAAAUCCCAUUAAACCAUCUGGUUUAGUGUGCUUUUCUCCCAUUAGAGAAGCUGCUGUUCUUACAUUGCAUAGUUAAGGAUUUAGCAGCAGGAUUGUUAAGAUCACAUGAAUGUGCACUUCCAGCUACUUAUAAGAAAAACCACUCCAGGAAAAAGUAUUGCACAGAAGGCCUCUAUUAAAAAGCAAAACUAAAUUGAUUAGGUUGGGGAAGAUGAUGGAAAGAAUACAGACUUCUGUUUAUUUAUAUUUUAAGCAGUGUAAGGCUUUUGGUCUCAGCUUUUUGAAGUGCUUUGAUUCUCAGUCAGAUAAACUUCACAGGUGGCAAGCCCAGAACUGUUUCAGUAUUUUUUCCAAAAUAUUGAGGGUUUACCAGCUGCUCUGAUGAAUGGACAGCACACUUCCUACCCACCUCUUUCAGUGAUGCUUACUGAACAAUUUGGCAUAUGAGCAGGGCAGAUGGUAUGAUAGAAGAACAGGUCCAUUUUGUGUGCUACCAAAUAGCCACUAUUAACAUGGUAGAGGAACAAGUUAAUUUAGUGCUAAAGGCAGAUGCUGUACAGUAGCCUAAAAUUCUCAUGCACCUUCUGUGGUCCUUUUUUAAAGCCCACGAACUUCAAUAGAUACAAAGGCUUCAUAACUAAAAAUGGUACUGCUUAAACAUUAAGUUCAAUCCCAUGAAGUAUACCUUCAUAUACUGCAUGCUUAUUUCAGAGAUUCUUAAUAUUAAUACUCUUAAUAAAGAAUUUUAAAACCUAAAAAUUCAUAAUAUUAUGAUGGUCUUUUGGAACUGGGAAUCUCCUGUCUUCAGUUCUUUGGAAUCCCCUUGGGAUUCAGUGUUUUAAUUUAUAGCACCUAGGUUUGCCCCUUUAAAAAGGAUGAGGAACAUGGCUAAAAAUGCUGUGCUAUAAACUUUCACUAGAAAGCCAGUGCUUCCUAAAGCAACUUAAGGUAUCUAGACUUGUUACAGGGGUGACAUGUCAGUAGCUUGGAGCAGUAAGGCAGGAAGGUGACUGCAUGCAAAGCUGUGAGUAGUUCAUCCCCCAAACCUAGUGUAUUUCCAUAAAAGCUUAAUGAUGCAAAAUAGUUGCUGUUUGGCUCCUUGCAAGUUUUCAGACCUGCAUUGCCAAAAAAAGUUGACUUUCAUACCUGUGCUGUUUUAGAGCAGGGCCCUAGUAAUCAACCCAAUGAAUUUAUCAGAAGUGAAAGGCUGACUCAUGAUCCAUUAGUUCCCUAGGGACACCAGUUGUAAGCUGUACUGUUUUGAGGAUGGAGCUUGCUUAGAGUAAGUAAUCUUACUGAACUCCUUAAUUAGGGCACACAGGCUAUGUUAGAGCACGUAAACUAUCACAGCCGCUACAGCCUGGUCAUAAUGAUACCUGCUAAUCCAACCAGCCCAGAUUUUACUUUGACUUGGUGAAAAAGGAGAAGAAAGUGAGAGUAUGUUAUUAGCAUGGAGGAGCUGUCACCAAACCAGUGUUUCGAGGAGAAGUGAAGAUUAAAAAUAUGUGCCACACCCAGGUGUAAAUAUACAGGCUAAACACUGCUCUAUUAAAGGGUGUUAAAGAAUUUAGCUGGUAUAUCACACACCUUUCAUGUUCGCUGCAAGCACCCUUAUUAGGUUUGUAAUCUCAUGUGGAACUUGCUGGCAUGGCUGGCUCUAUGGAGAAGGCUAGUGCAUUCACCUAAAAAGCCUUUUGGACUUGAUCUAAGUACUGAGUAGAUGCCAUCCCCACUUACCUCAACAGGUGACUUGGAAGCUCAGCAUCUCUCAGGGUUACCGCUGGUCUUUUUAAAGAAAACGUAUUUCCAUUAUAGCAGAUGGGAAAGCUCCAAUGGCUUAAGGUGUCCUGACUAUUAAUGAGAGCUUCAGUAAGUCGGACGCUAGUAGGAUAAGUUAGUUUCCAAAUGCCGUCUUACUCUUGACUUGGUGUACUUGUAUACAAAAGAACUGUAAUAUAGUGACGUUUUAACAUGCUGCCCCAGGUUCACACCUGAAUUACUUUAGUUUGUAGGGUUUGUCUUCGGUUGCAUUGUAACAAGUAACUGGCUAUACACAGAUCCCAUCAUGUCAUUUUUCAGGACCAAUAAUUUGCCCUACAUUUUCAGCUCAGGUAUGUGUCACUGGUUGUGACUCAUUGGAAACUAACUGAUGCACAAACAAGCUCUGCAGUAGAUUUGAGUCAUUAGUAUAGUUUGAUUUUUCCAUAUGUAUUCUGGUGAAACAAAUAGAGCUCUCUGCCUUGCCACAACGCUCUCAUUUACCACUGCAGACUCUUAAAUCUGCAUUCUGACUGGCUCAGUCUAUAGAUGGCAGACCCACAGCUAUAGCUACAGCUACCGUUGCACAGCCUGUUAUCUUGCUUCACAUUUUUCAUAGCAUUUCACUUUAGCAUGCUCUUUCUUUCAAAUUCGUCCAGGACCAAACGUUCAAAAUGAAUUUACUUUCAUGUAACACUUCCAGCAAGAAGCGAUCACUUCCUUCAAAGUCAACCAGACCUGGUAUUUUAAUUUUACUGUUGCACAAGUUGUUUGGUAUAUAAGUUGAUAUAAAGGUAAACAUUUGCUUUCAAGUACUAAUGCAUCUUGGAUACAAGCCUACUAAAUGUCCCAAGAGAGCUUUAGAAAACAAACUCCUGCAGUAUCUUUAUAUGUGCUUAUACUGACGUACUUUAAUGUCUGUCUCUGCUGUCUGCUUCUGCUAUCUGUUCUUUGAACUGAGUCUGCAUCCUGAUCUUUCUCUCUUGGUGGUUUCUCAAGGUCUUUUUGUCCCCAAACAAUGUGCCUUUCCUCCAGAAUUUCCCUCCUUCAUUCACCUUUUGCAGCACCUCUCUACAUUAGUGUUUAUUUGAGUUGGUAGUUCAUACAUGGUGCUAUGCAUGAGCCAAACCUGAGCUUGGUCACUUCUGAAUCAAGUCAUGAGAUGUAUUUCCCAAUGUGACAGAAGUGCCAAUCCUGUGUAGCUGUGGUUUUACAAGAACACUGUCACUGGGUGAAGAACGCUGUUUGUUUUUGUUGGGUUUUUUGGGUUGUUUUUUUUUUUUUCAGUUAGCAUGUUUUAAACUUUCCUCUCAACCUGUGGUCUGGGGCUUCAUAGAAAUCGAGGAUAAUGAAUACCUUUGGUCAUGUAUCGGGUUUCUUGUUCAGCUCCAUUCAUACUAUGUUAACUGUAAAAGUGGUAGGAUAUCGUCCGUCUCUUCUGUAACUCUGAAAGUAGUAGUGCAUUAUUUUCUUCCUGAUCAGGUGUUUUGUCCUUCUAAAAUGAAUGUAAAACAUGACAUUGCUUAAUACAAGCAACCACAGUAUUAUAUUUUAAAACAGGAAAAUAAUCAUAAAGAUAUUAAGUAUUUAAAUUGUUUUUAACACCCUACUCCCUAGUCUUCAACUCCAGACAGAGGUGUCAUUGUAGGUAAGAACACUACCAUAUCAACCUGGUAAAUGCACUUGUCUUGCCAAUGUUAGCUUAAAGGUCACAGCUCCACUGUUUCAGAAGCUGCUUUAUGAAAAUGUAAGCUUCCAUUUUGGUCAAUGAUAUGCAUAAGGGGCACAAUUUUUUUCACCCUGAAGCUCAGUAUCUUUCAGCUCAAGUUAGCCUUUUUCUGGUUUUCAACAUAAACAUCCUUUGCUGGCUCUAAAUUAGCCUUUCUUACAUCUUGUCCGUACAGUAAUAAUAUUCCAACUGUACCUGUAGCAAAACAAAGGAAUGGCCUGGUGUUUUUCUAUUGGUUAUAUUAAAAACUUCUCUUUAAAUCUAGAAAUCACUUCUGUAGGUAAUUUAAUAGACCUUUUUUAUAUGUGGGGCAUGUCUCAGAUGCCUGUGACCAAAAGUUGUUUAAAGCAUUCAGUGUCUCAUUUGUAAUUCUUUUCUCCAAGGUGCCAAACAGGCCAAUAUGCCAUUUAUACCCCAAACUUAAGGGCUGAAGGAGGGUUUGGUUGUUGCAAAAGUUCUUGAGUGCAGACUUCAGUGGAGUUGAAUCUCUGUCCCUGUGGCAGUAGUACUGAUCCAUAAUGUAGACCAGCAUGCCCAAGUUACCCAGCUUAACAACUUAUUUUAAGCUUACAUACUUUGCUGGAGCAAGUCUUCAAGUACUUCUGUGGAGAAGAGGUUUUGUCAGGGUAGAUUAACUAUAGUUCAGAUGUCCUUCUGAAAAUGUAACUGCAUAGAAAAUACUUCCAUUAACAGACAUUUUUACUGUCCAGCAUCUAUUGAGAAUGGGAGGGCGUUGCCAAAAGUGUAUUCAUUAUUUUGCCUUGCAUUCAUGCAACCAUCAACAUGUGCUUUCCAGCAGUGUCUAGAGAGCAUAGCUAGUCACUGGUAUAUGUACACAAUAGCAAUGUCAGUCCUAAAGUGUUGUUGGAUUAAGCUGCUUUUUAAGAAGCCAAUUCAAAAUCAUACUUCUGCCUUUUAUAAUUUUUAUACAUUAGUUUUCAUGAUCAUUUUUAAGUUUCCACCUCAAGCCUGCAAGGCAUCUGUCUCCCUGGUUUUCCAUGCCAAUUUUCUUGUUCUAAUUCUUACAUUUUUGACAAAUAUAUUAAUACAGAAAAUAAAACUUAUACUGUAUGAUGUGAAGAAUCUUGGUCUAAGGUCAUUGUUGACCUGUCCAGACAGCAAAUUAGAUGUUCAUUUUGUGUCUCAAGAACAUCUGUGCAUCUCAUACUGAAGAGCAUAGGAUCUUAAAAAAGACACCAGGUCUAAAGUCCUAUUUGGGUUGCAAAUAGCCUGAUUUUGUCUUUGAAAAAGAACCUGAAUAUAGAUCAUAUUCAUUAUAUAGUUCCAUAGAUAUUGAAAGAUUUUUUUCAAAUGCAGAGGGACUUAUUUUUUAGGAAAGUAGGGAUGGCUUUUUCUAAACCUGGGAAAAGGAAUGUUUCGGAAAGCCCUGCAACUCUUCCCAUAUUUUGACAUUAGCUGUCCAUCUCAAAUAGAAGAGACUGGCAUUAUGGAUACUGCAUACCAAAAAACUGCAAUUUAGUCGCAUGCACUAUAUAUUUGAGAGCAAUCGCCAUUUGCUGUAUUGGUAAUCUUAGAAAAUUGCCUUAGAACUAUUUUUGUGAAGGCUGAAUCUAUUUAAAUGUUUUGAUUAAUUUAUAGAAAACCUAUCAAAUGAUGUAUCUUAGAUUUUAGAUGAUACAAAUAGGCCAUAUGUCAUAAUGUGAGAAAAGAUGUAUAAUAGAUAUUUUGAUACCUACUUAAUAACAAAUAUUUGGGAAUUUGUCAAAGUCGAGGCUUCAUUUCUGAGAAACACUAUGUAAUGUUUCACCAACAAAUCUCUUGAUCAGCAUUCAGCCUCCUGAACCAAAACAUACAUUUAGAGCUGUACUUUUACUAGGAAUCUAACCUAGCUGUGAACUACGUUUUGCUGUAAAUAGCAUUUUUCCUAGGAGAAAGUUUGUGGCAGGUGUUCGUCCUCAUUGUCCUACUUAGAUUACCUAUGAAGUAUGACAGAAAAAAAUGUACUAACAGUGUUUUUUCCUGGGACAUAACUGCACAUCCAUGUUAACUGCGGUUUCUUCCAGGGACAACCCUAUCAGGCUGUGCACUCUCCCUAGUUACCUACUGGCAGAGAAACAGCAAGGCAGCUUAGAAGGGCUACAUGUGUAAAGGGCUGUGCCCCUCCUGUUUUGAUUCAAACCUGGGACAAUCACAACCAGCUUAGAUGUCUAUUCACAGCCUUGUGCAACAUUUCAUAAGUAAUACAAAAUACUAUUUUUCCCAGAGGAAUCUCUUUCCCUGGCUCCCCCUCCAGUGGUACCACACUUGAAGAACCCUGACAAUUGGAAAGCUAAAGAUGGGUGACCAUUACUUUGUUACGGGCACAAAACACUAUAGACAGUCCAGACCUUGUUCUAAUUUUUUUUCAAAAUUCUAUUUCUAUUUUUAAAAAAAACACUGAAACUCCAAAGAUGUCAUGUCAAUUAAGUGUAAUCUCAUCCAAAGACCAGGGUUAUUGGCAACAGGAAUCUUUAUAGCUACUUUCCUGUUAAGCGUGUACCCCUUGUUCACACCAUGCCUCCACUAUUCCAAUUUAAGACAACUUUGGACAGGAAGCUGUUGUCAACUUGGAGCUAUCCUCCUUGGGGGUGAAACAGAUCUGUUUUUUAGAUAUUUUUUCCCCAUCUCAUUUCUUACCUAUUUCAGGAGAAUACCUGUGGUAAUUUAUUCUGUGCUUUUAUUUCAUAGUGAUCUAACUAAAAAUUAUACCCUGAAGUUGUCAAUCAUCAUUGUGCAAUAGGGCUUAAUGUACAUACUGUAUAUUAAGAGAUGCCUAUAUCUUACUGGACUUAUUUAUGGAAGUUAAAUUGUACCGCUUCAGUUUUAAGAUAUCCAUCUUUUAAGCAAACACUAAAUGUUUACUGUAUGAAUUACCUUUUUAAAUGUUUCACUCUUCAGCAUGGUUUUUGUUUUGUCUUCUCAACAGAUCUGUAAGUGUUAUGCCUAGUGAUAUGAAUGUGAUUUAAACUCUUGAACAUAGCAUUUUUAUUAUAUAUGCCCCUUGAUAUACUGUGGUGCCUGCAUAACAAUAUUAAUGUCAUUAUUUUGUUGUACCAAGUACCUGUGGCUUCAAAAUAUAUUGUUGAAUGAUUCACUGGUGUCUGGGUUUGUAUCAUAUGGUCAAGGAAUGUAAUCCUGUGAUUCAGUUUCUGCACUUUUUUCUUUUCAAAAUAAAAAUACAUUUUUAAUCA